AAUUCAAGAUGGCUGCUUCCUUUUGAAUCAACACGUGAAUUUUGUAAACAUUGUCCAAAUAUUGAUAUGGAAGGAGAUCUAAAACGAAUAAGAGAACUUGAGACAUUGAUUUUGAGUGUUGUAUCCAGAAGAGAAUUGACUGUGCCUGAACCAAAUGAAGUUGUCAAAUGUGUACUGAGUGGCGAUUAUGCUAAAGUAUUCCAGUACCCUCUUGUUAAAGAUUUACUUCAGAGAAAUGGAACGUCUAUACCCCUUCUUAAAAACUCAGUAGCAGAAAAUGUAAAGAGGAUCAUAACCCAGACAGACAAACAGACAACAGCAGAAUGUGAACUGGAGAUUUUGUGUGUAGCUAUUGCCUGUCUACAGUUCUUUGUUUGUCAGAACUGGUUAGGACCUCUGUCCUGUUUCUCUGAGGACCUCAUCAACAUAAUUUCUGAUUCUAAUAAUGUGGAUCAAUGUCGUAAAGAGAUUUGCCAGGAGAUGAUGUGUGAUGGGGAGGAGGUUUACAGCCUCUGUCAGGGGAUUGAGUUCCUCUUUGUGGCUCAAUGUGUCCUCGCUGGGUGCCAGACUCAUACACAUAGUUUACAGACAGUUGAGUGGUGGAUUCUGAGGAGUGUGUAUGUCUACCAACAGAUUCUGGAGGAUAAAUGUGCCUCCCUCAGGGAGCAGGUACAUGCUUUAAUUGACACAGUCUCAAAGAAAGAGCCCCUGAUGACAGAUGAUAGAAACAGGGAUUUACUGACACAGUUUCAUAUCGAGGCUGGUUAUAUUGGACACACUUUCUUUGAUUAUAAGUUGGCUCAUGAACACCUCCUUGCUGCCAAGAAAUGUACAGGGCUACAGAUAAACUUAACUGGUGCCAUGGGAAAGAGAACCAGAUUCCAAACAGAAGACAAAGCCCAACUUGUUCUGGAAGUCAGAAGGGGUGAGGGGGGAACCAAACAAGAGAGUACAGUCAAAACCAAACUCCCAAAGAUUUUAAAUUUAGAUGAUGACACAGUUUUAGAAGCCAUCAAUUUGACAGAACCAGGAACAGAGUUUGCUGUAGACAUGUCACCUGUGGAACAAGCUGUUGUUAUAGCAACUAUGGAGGAUCAUUUGAGGACACAUGCCAGUCAGGAGAGGCUUACGGAGGAGGAAGCUGCUGCCCAUAUAGAGUGUGUUUUAUCUCAGACAAAGUGCUGGAGUGUUACGUUGGCCUGCCUCUAUCGACGCUCGUGUUUGGAGAAAGGAAGUUGUCGACGCGUGGAGAGGUCAAUGAUGCAGAUCGAGGAGUUGAUGAAUCAGAUGAAAACUAAUGACCCCCCAGCAUCAGACAGGCUCUUCUUGUUCUUCUCUGUGAAGCUUCCACCAUUUUGGAAACUAGAGAGACAACUAGCUGAGCUGCUAUUAAGUAUUGGGGCCAUCGGUGGUGCUCUAGAGGUGUUUGAAAGACUACAGUUAUGGGAAGAUGUCAUCACCUGCUACAAAAGGCUGGGCAAAAUGGAAAAGGCUGAGACUUUGAUUCGUGAUCAGCUGGCGAUACAGGAGACUCCAAACUUGUGGUGUUUCCUUGGUGAUGUAACACGUGACGUUAAUCACUACAUUAAAGCCUGGGAAAUGUCUGGACACAAACACACACGAUCUCAGAGGUGUAUGGGGUACCUCUAUAUGGCACAAGAAGAGUAUGAGAAGUGUAUCGAGUGUUUCCAGAAAUCGCUAAGCAUCAACUCACUCCAGGUGCCCGUGUGGUUCACUCUCGGCUGUGCCUGUAUGGCGGCCAAGAAGUUUGAGGAAGCAGUGAGAGCUUUCAAACGAUGUGUUAACAUUGAUACAGAUAAUUUUGAAGCCUGGAAUAACAUGGCCUCAGCUUAUGUUCAACUGAAAGACAAGAAAAAGGCCCUACUGACCCUGAAGGAGUCCAUUAAAUGCAACUAUGAAAAUUGGAGAGUGUGGGAAAAUUUACUAGUGGUUGCCACAGACUGUGGGGAGUUUGAGGAGGCCAUUCGGGCGUAUCAUCGCCUGAUUGAUCUUAAAGAAAAAUGGACGGAUGUAGAGGUUCUAGCAGUUCUAGUGAAGGGUGUAACAGGGGAAUACAGGGAUCCUCAGGGCAAUCCUACCAGUCAAUAUAAAACCAGGCUACUUGAACUGUUUGGCAGAAUAACAGCCAAAGUGCCAAGUAAUGGGGAGAUAUGGAGGUUGUAUUCUGAGCUGACAAACAGUUUGGAGAACCAGACACCUGAAACACAGCAAAAGGUCUUGCAGUAUCUUCAGAAAUCACAAAGAUGUUUGACACAGGAAGUGAACUGGGAGAAGUCAUUAGACAAAUGUAAACAUAUAGGGGAGCAGUCAUUGGAACUAGCUGAUUUAUAUCUAGGAUUCAGCAGUGGAUCUACAGAGGAAUCGCUUCCCCUUCUCCAGUCAGCUAAAAUGAUGCUAAAGAAUGUACAGGCCAAAAUCAAGCUGGCUCACACAGACCCUAUCUCUGACUCCAUACCCUCUGAAGACCUCAGGGAACUAGUCAACAAAAUGGAGGACAAAUUACAAACCAUCAUAGCACGUGUAAAAGAACUGAAACAAUAAAUUAUUUUUAUGUGUU